CUUAAUCCAUUUCUUUGGUGAGAAGUACCUGUUCCUUAGUGCAGGCGGAGCUGUGUGCUCCUGCUUUGGCAGCCUGUGGCAGUACUGCAGGAGCGUGGACUUUGCUCCUUCUGCUACCCUGGCAUCACUUUUUUUCCCCCAAUGUGCUUUUUAUGCUUGUACUGUUAAUAACCAGAUAUUGUGGAUUUAGUGUUCUGCUCAGAAAGAUCCUCCCAGCACAGACUGAGGUGCUUCCAGCUGUGCCAUCAGGCAGUGACAGAUGUCUCCGGUGUGCAGUGAGUGUCCAGCAGUGACGGCUGCCAGGAUUAGUAUUCCAGGCACAAAUGUGCCCCUUGUAGUGCAGAGCUCAGAAAAGCCUGUGCAGCAAUGCCCUUGAAAGGCAAAUUAAACCCAGCUCCCUGGGAGCAGUGGGAACGCUGCUGUCAUUUGUGCUGAGGUUCAAGUAGGCCUUGAGGUGGCAGUUUCAGUUUCCCUUCUGCUUUUCUUCCCAGAAGGGUGUGCUUGAAGGGGCAGGCAGGCAUGGUGGUGGAUCUUCCGUCUUCAGUGGGGGAGCAUUCCCUGGCAGGAGAUUGGACCAGAUGAUGGUCAGGCUCUGCACCUAGGGAGUAAGGGACAGGAUAAGAGAAAACAGCCUGAAGUUGUGUCAGGGAGUUUUAGGUUGGAUAUUGGAAAAUUUCUUCACCAAACUUUGUCAAGCUGUGGCACAGGCUGCUCAGAGCAGUGUUGGAGUCACCAUUCCUGGAAGCGAUCAAAAACAUGUGGGUGUGGCACUGGAGGACGAGGGUUAGUGGUUGUCUUGGCAGUGCUGGGUUAAUGGUUGGACUCAAUCUUUAUCUUAGAGGGCUUUUCCAGCCUAAAUGAUUCUGUAGUUCAUUCAUUCCAGUUCUUGCAAAUUGUGUCCUACAUGCAGCAUGUGAAUGCACCAAACCAUGCAUCCAAAUGUGUGUGAAAGCUGUAUUUUAACAGUGCUAAUGGAUUAUACUGUAGGGAUUGAAGGUGUUUCCUGAGCACUUGUGGCUGUCUGCCUCUGAAAUCAAAACCUUCUGAUGUUCUUGAUCCACUCAUUUGCUGCCCAGAAACUUGUACAGAUAUUUGGUCUUUCUUCUAAGCUGUUUAAAGCUGUGAUCCCCAAUUAUGUUUUGAGGGUUUAAUUGCUCUGUUGAGGUGUUUCCCCCUUCCAUUCCAAGAACAUCACUGCGCUGGAAUUUGAGCUGCAUCAGAGGGAAGUAGCCUGGAGCAUAGUUGUCUGAUCCAAGGAAGCAUUUUCCCACACACAGCUGAGCAAAGCAAAGCUGGAAAGCCCCACUGGCAGAGCUUCCAUGGAUGGUGUGGUGUGGUUGCCUCCGCUGACACUGCAGCCCUGGGAUGCUCCAGUGCUCUUGAACAAGCUGAGCACGUGCUGCGCAGUCAGCACGUUGUCACAUGAAGAUGACAAGCUCAUAUGAUGUUAAACUAAAGCCACCAAACUAUGCUUUGCUGCUGGGACCAAAGGUGAUGAGUUGGCUUGGGCUUCAUGAGGAAGAGGUUGGGCUGAAGUGGGCUGUGGAUAAAGGCUGGCUUUGACUCCUUGGUGCUGGAACAACCUUAUUUUGUAGUUCUUCCCCAGUCACCCCAUGCUGUUCCCGCUGACAUGUCCAGUUGUGGUUGUCUAAGUUUGGACUGCAAGAUUUUGAAGACAGAACCUCCCUUUUUCUAAAAUGUUGAGCCUGUUUUUACUGUGCUACAGAAUCUGUCAAAAUCAAGACACAUCAUGAUUUCCCCAAACUUAUUUCCCCAGGCAUCUCAUUUCAGAACUUUCUCCAGAAAAAAAACCCUGUCUUUUCUACUAAAAUCUUGGUUCCUUUUUUUUUUAAUCUCCCCUGCCUCCUCAGUAUGUGCAUUGAUGCUGUGUGGCAUCUGAAAUACUUCCUGUGCAUGUGCUGUGCUGCCUUUGCUAGAUAAGCAGUAGGCUGUUCCCUUUUACAGCAGGCACAUCCCUUCCUGAAGAGGCAGAUGUUUUCCCUGGGAACAAAUAUUGCAGCUUUGUAAUUAUGUCACCUAAUUUUGUUUCUCUUUUCUUUCCAUCAUAGCAUGUGUGUGAUUAGAAGCUUCUGAUGCCUUCAAAGAGGGAUGACAAUGUCACUCUUCCACGCUGGGGCAGGAUUUCUGCUCUAGGUUCCCUCCACGCUGGUUUUGUGUAGGCUGAGAAUUUCUUUGGACACUAGAGUACAAGAGGAAUGGAAGAGAACGCCGUGUAGAAGGUGAUUAGAAAAUAAUAUAGUUUGGCAGAUGCAUCAGCUGCAUUUGUACUGUGGUGUGGACCAGAUCUGACUGAAGCUCUGUAAAUAUGGAAGAUCUUCUUUGGAAUCUCCCAUCUGUGAAACCUGGAAUACUGGUUUCUUGGCUAUCCCAAGUUCUUGAAAACAGAUUUUAAUUCAUGCUCAUCCCUGAGGACGAGUGGAAGCCAGGUCUCCAGGCAGCUGCAGUGAAGUUUCAGAGCUGUCCAUACAUGGUAUUCUAGAACAGCUGAAGAGGUGGAUCACGCCCCAGGUGAUGCCAGCAUGGGGGUAGAUGUUUUGGAAUCAGGUGACACCACACCUCCUACAAAGAGGAAAAGCAAGUUCUCAAGCUUUGGCAAGAUUUUCAAACCCUGGAAGUGGAGGAAAAAGAAAAGCAGUGACAAAUUCAAGGAGACUUCAGAAGUUUUAGAACGAAAGAUUUCUAUGCGAAAGCCAAGAGAGGAGCUGGUAAAAAGAGGGGUUCUGUUGGAAGAGCCUGAGCAGGAUGGUGAGGAGCCAGAGAAGCUGAACCCACCUGCACUGAAGAAUGGCCACACUGUCCCCAUUGGAGGCCCUGGGGUGUGUAACCUGCCCAGCCAGGAGGAAGAGGCCACAAAGCCAUCCAGCCUUAGAAAGCCUGUUCCAGUGGAGGAACCAAAGAAGAGGCAGGGUUCCUCCAGCAGCCAACCUGGGCCUGAACUGGAACCACCUCAGGAGCCACAUAUUCCCAGACAACCUCUGCUUCCUCCAAAAAGACCUUCCUCCACUUCCCAGGAGACAAACGAAGUACAGGCAAAGGAUCCCAUGCCUGCCAGCAACACUGCAAGAACUGCCCCCUUCAGCACAGCCCCCACGGCAGCAAAGACAAUCAAUUCCACAGCUGCCCCUUCCCCAGCCCCCAGGACUCUGCUCCCUGCUCCUGCCAGUGCCAACACUACUGCUCCCACCAGCACGACCAGCACAGCUCCUGCCAAACAGCCUCCUGUCCCUCCUCCCAAACCCAUCAACAGAAACAGCAACUCACUAAUAGCGGAACUUUCCCAAGUAAUGACCAGUGGUACAGCCUUGUCCAAGCUUUCCCCUCCUCUCCCUCCAAAGAGAGGCCUCCUGCCUAACAACACGUCAGAGGCUGUCACCUCUAAGCCCCAGAAUGACAGGACAGUGACAACGAGUCGCCCUGCACCGAUUCCACUGCACGUGACCUCAGCUUAUCCACCACCUUCACCCUCGCCGCCGCUGCCCACCCACGUACCCCCUGAACCUCCACGCGUGGCCCUGCCCACCUCCACCCCUGUCCUAGACCCACCGUGCUCCCUGGACCUGCCCAAGGAGGCUCCUCCUCCUCUCCCUCUUCCUGAAGACUUCAGGCCCAUAGAAGUGUCAAAGAGGACGGCAGAACAAGGGUUUGGUGAACCCCACGUGCUGCCUCGCCUGCCCCAAAUCCCACUGCACAUUCGUAUCCAGCAGGCUCUGGCCAGCCCUCUGCCUGUCACCCCACCUCCCGAAGGGUCCCACAGGGCCCACUCGUUGCUCUUUGAGAACGAUAGUUUUGGAGAAGACAACAGCACCCUGGGCAGGACAAGAUCCCUGCCUGUCACCAUUGAGAUGCUCAAAGUUCCAGACGAUGAGGAAGAGGAAGAUGAUGACCAGGAAGAGGAACAGAAUUCAGGUCAUCAUGUGUAUAUUGGAGAUGUGCCAUCUGUCACAGUCAUCCCCAAACUGGUACCCCAGGUCCUCCCGGAGGAGCAGGAAGGAGACGAAGGGAUGAGCGACUCUGACUCGGAGGGCCCCAUCCUGUAUAAAGAUGAUGAGGAUGAGGAAGAAGAUGAAAGCCAUAACAGCACACUGGCCAACAGAGUGAAGAGGAAAGACACGCUCGCUAUAAAGCUGGGGAACACAACUGCACCACAGGAGGAGAAGAUCAUGUUCCCUCGGAAGAGCAAGGAGGAGUGGAACGAAAUCCGUCACCAGAUUGGGACAACGCUGAUCAGGCGACUGAGUCAGAGGCCAACUGCAGAAGAACUGGAACAGAGGAACAUUCUUCAGCCGAAAAAUGAAGCUGACCGUCAAGCUGAGAAGCGCGAGAUCAAGCGCCGGCUGACCAGAAAGCUUAGCCAAAGGCCUACAGUGGCAGAGCUGCAGGCUAGGAAGAUCCUGAGGUUUAAUGAAUAUGUGGAAGUAACAGAUGCCCAGGACUAUGACCGGCGAGCAGAUAAGCCAUGGACAAAGCUGACACCAGCUGACAAGGCAGCCAUCAGGAAGGAGCUGAAUGAGUUUAAGAGCUGUGAAAUGGAAGUGCAUGAGGAGAGCAAGCAGUUCACGAGGUACCAUCGACCAUAAUAUUCCAAGGAGGGAGCAAGAAACCUGGGAGGGCUGGAAGAGUUCUCUGCAUCCCCCUCUGAGGCAAUACAGUGAGGGUGGAACCUCAGCUCUUCCAAGAUUUGCCUUCCAAACAUAUCCAGAAAAGGGCUUCUGGCCAGGGAAGGGGAAUCCUGUCUGAAUGUAGCAUUUCACUGGAGCAAACACAUCUCUCAUGCCAUCAGGCUGGAACUGACACUAUACCUCACGUGGCUCAGCAAUAUGACUCUGCCAGGAGACCGUGUCCAGGGGAAGGACCCCUUCCUUCCCAAGCUGUACAGACUUGUCUUGGGGAGAGCAAUUCCUCAUUUCCUCCUCCUUUCUGUGUGGAAGGGAGAUUAAAAACAAAGGCAGCUCUAAGGUUGGGAAGCUGAGGAGAGCAUGUGCUCAGAAGCAUGUAUGUGUAUAUUAGCUGUGUACAGAGAACCCUGGCAGACGGCUGACAUGGCACUCGGUGGUUUUUGUGAGGUUUUCUUUUCUGUCAAGUCGUUAAUGCCCUGAAUCACUACUGACCAACGGUUUGUUGUCCUGGAAGGGAAUUGUAUAGAUAUUAACAUAUGCUGCAUCUUUUUGUUAAAAAAAAAGAAAAAAACCCAACAUAUGUGUAAAUGCUCUGCACUCUCACACUUGCUCUGAUCUUAAUAACAGAUCCAGAGAUAUUUAGGCUUGUUUAACAAAUUACAGAACCAGGAACAAUGACUGUUGCCUUUUUAAAACUUUUUAAUUAGGAGAAACUGUGAGAGUAGUCAGUCCUUUUUAUUGUGGCUUUCUCUCAAAUGUUUUUUACUCUCCCAAAUCAGGGUUGAAGGUUGCCUUUUUCUCAUUUUUACAGCUAAACCUACUGGAAAUUUGAUCGUUUCACUGUGUGGAUCAAAAGGAGGGGAAGAAUAGGUUUAAAAAGUGACCUUAAAAAGAUGGUAUUUCUCUUCUGAGAGAAAAAUUCUUCCUCAAUGCGGGUUGAAAAAAAAAAAAAUCCGGUAGGGCCACUGCUGUAUUAUGCACAAAACUAAACUAUCGGUGAGAUGUCACUUGUGCGGGAGGGCGGGAGGGAGAGAAGAACUCUGUCUUGCUCACAGACCAGCGUGGCAACACGCCGGCUAUGGCCCAGCAGCCGCUGGGGGCUCUUCCCUCACAGCAUCCCCUGUACAGCCGCCAUUACAUUGUAUAUCAGUCUCCGCAACAACAGAUUUUAAUUAUUAAAUAAAAGUAUUUUAGAAUUCUUUUUCUUAAACCCUG